UCCAGCAGCCUUCCAGCUCCUUCCUUUCUCUCUAAGAUCUGCAGCCAUGAGUAUGCUCAGGCUCCAGAAGCGCUUGGCGUCCAGCGUCUUGCGCUGUGGCAAAAAGAAGGUCUGGCUGGACCCUAAUGAAACCAAUGAAAUCGCCAACGCCAAUUCUCGCCAACAGAUCCGCAAGCUGGUGAAGGAUGGUCUGAUCAUUAAGAAGCCUGUCACUGUGCACUCUCGUGCCCGCUGUCGCAAAAACACAUUGGCACGCCGCAAGGGUCGCCACAUGGGCAUUGGUAAGAGGAAGGGUACAGCUAACGCUCGCAUGCCCGUGAAGUUGUGCUGGAUGCGUCGUAUGAGGAUCCUGCGCCGCCUGCUGCGUCGCUACAGGGAGUCCAAGAAGAUUGACAGGCACAUGUACCACAGUCUGUACCUCAGGGCUAAGGGUAAUGUCUUCAAGAACAAGCGCAUCCUGAUGGAGCACAUCCACAAGCUGAAGGCCGACCGUGCUCGCAAGAAGCUCCUCUCUGACCAGGCUGAGGCCCGCCGUUCCAAGACCAGAGAGGCACGCAAGCGUCGUGAGGAGCGCCUGCAGGCCAAGAAGGAGGAGAUCAUCAAGACCCUGUCCAGGGAGGAGGAGACCAAGAAAUGAGCUUUCACCUUCAUCCCGCUCCUCUCUCAGUUCUAAUAAAACGCACCCAAAAAUAAA